CAAGGGGAUCAUUCUAAGGUGCCCCGGGAAUAGGCUGCUCUCCCCGGGGCCGGGCGUCUUGGGGCAUUCGAACCCAGCAGCCUGGCUGCAGGUAGACUCGAGGGCAGUGGCGGGGGCUAGUGUGGCGACUGUGGGUUGAGAGGCAAGCUGGGGAAAGGGGUGAGGUGGAGCGACCGAGCGUGCCAUGCAUUGAGCUAGGGAGCCUCGCUCAAUUCCACUUUUAAGCUCGGCGUGGGAGCGAUGCCUAAUGGGUUGUCCAAGAAGGCUUCUUCGAGGCCUCUUGGGUGUCUAGUCGACCGGGCUGCGGGCGUCCUCUGGACUGGGCCAGGGGCGGUCGGCGCCACGGUAGGCACACGCCUGGUGGCUCAGCUGUGGGAGUUUUCGGCUGGCGUCCGGCGGGGAAUUACCCGAGGAGCCCUAACUUGUAUAAAAGCAGAGUCCAUUUAAAGUUGGGCAGGAUAGCCUCUCUCUCAUUGGCUAGGAGGCUUGGAAAAAAGAGACUCGGCGAGCCCUCGCUGUGGUGCUGCCGCCGCCGCCGCUGGAGUUGACUCUUCUGCUCGUACUGCUGCUGCAGCACAAACGUGACUUCCAACAUUUUUAAAAUUUAUCUUUCCUUUUUCUUUUCCAAGAUGUAACUACAGAUCAGACACUAAGGACCUUCACGUUUCGCUGAUGUAGUUUUUGGAGGAAAAAGGGGGGGAGUGAAGGGCGUCGUUUUUUUUUUGUUUUUUUUUUUGUGUGUGUUUCGGGGGAAAUUUUCCAUUAUGAGUGUUUUACUAAAGUGAAUUUUUGUUGUUGUUGUUGUUUGCUUCGUUCGUCCUUGGCUAUUUUUUUCCUUUCCAAUUUCGGAUUUAUUUCAAGACGAAUCGGGCUUUUGGGGGAAGAGGAAGAAAAGUCGGAUUACAAGAUCAACCACCACCAACAAUAAAAACCACCAGGAUAUUUUUUUGCAAAUUUUUGACGGCUUUAAAUUCAUGAAGCAAUUGUCCCCUUUUGCAAUCACCAUUUGGAUCUCAGAAUGAGCAAGGAAAGACCCAAGAGGAAUAUCAUUCAGAAGAAAUACGAUGACAGUGAUGGGAUUCCAUGGUCAGAAGAAAGGGUGGUACGUAAAGUCCUUUAUUUGUCUCUGAAGGAAUUCAAGAAUGCCCAGAAAAGGCAGCACGGGGAAGGCAUUGCUGGGAGCCUGAAAGCAGUAAAUGGGCUCCUUGGUAAUGGCCAGUCUAAGGGAUUAGGACCAGCAUCAGAACAGUCAGAGAAUGAGAAGGACGAUGCAUCCCAAGUGUCCUCUACUAGCAACGAUGUUAGUUCUUCAGAUUUUGAAGAAGGGCCGUCAAGGAAAAGGCCUAGGCUGCAAGCACAAAGGAAGUUUGCUCAAUCUCAGCCGAAUAGUCCCAGCACAACUCCAGUAAAGAUAGUGGAGCCAUUGCUACCCCCUCCAGCUACUCAAAUUUCUGACCUCUCUAAAAGGAAGCCUAAGACAGAAGAUUUUCUUACCUUUCUCUGCCUUCGAGGUUCUCCUGCGCUGCCCAACAGCAUGGUAUAUUUUGGAAGCUCUCAGGAUGAGGAGGACGUCGAGGAGGAAGAUGAUGAGACAGAAGACGUCAAAGCAGCCAACAACAAUGCUUCAUCUUCAUGCCAGUCAACCCCCAGGAAAGGAAAAACCCACAAGCAUGUUCAUAAUGGGCAUGUUUUCAAUGGUUCCAGCAGGCCAUCACGGGAGAAAGAACCUGUUCAAAAACACAAAAGCAAAGAGGCCACUCCCGGGAAGGAGAAGCACAGCGACCAGCGGACUGACAGCCGGAGGGAACAGGCUCCAGCAAACCACCCCCCAGCUGCCCCCUCCACAGGCUCCUCGGCCAAGGGGCCCACCGCUAAUCACCAUCACCCACCUCUGCAUCGGUCGGCUCAGGAUUUACGGAAACAGGUUUCUAAGGUAAAUGGAGUCACUCGAAUGUCAUCUCUGGGUACAAGUGCAACCAGUGCCAAAAAGAUGCGCGAAGUCAGACCUUCACCGUCCAAAACUGUGAAGUACACUGCAACGGUGACUAAGGGGACUGUCACAUACACCAAAGCCAAGAGAGAACUGGUCAAGGAAACCAAACCCAAUCACCACAAGCCCAGUUCAGCUGUCAACCACACAAUCUCAGGGAAAACUGAAAGUAGCAAUGCAAAAACCCGCAAACAGGUGCUAUCCCUCGGAGGGGCUUCCAAGUCCACAGGGCCCGCCACCGCCAUCAAUGGUCUCAAGGUCAGUGGCAGGUUGAACCCAAAGUCAUGCACUAAGGAGGUGGGGGGGCGGCAGCUGAGGGAGGGGCUGCGGAAUUCCAAGAGGAGACUGGAAGAGGCACAGCAGGCUGCAAAGCCUCAGUCGCCCCCCAAGAAGAUGAAAGGGGCAGCCAGCCCUGCUGAAACCCCUGGCAGGAAGGCAGCCACUGCUCCAGCUCCAGCUCCUGCUCCAGCUCCAGCUCCAGCUCCAGCUCCAGCUCCUGCUCCUGCUCCAGCUCCAGCUCCAGCUCCAGCUCCUGCUCCUGCUCCUGCUCCUGCUCCUGCUCCAGCUCCAGCUCCAGCUCCAGCCCCAGCCCCAGCCCCAGCAGAGAAAGCUCUGCUGAAUGGACACGUGAAGAAGGAAGCACCCGAGCCGAGCUCAGAAAGAAACCGGCCCAAAAGGGCUACGGCCGGGAAGAGCACGCCCGGCAGACAAGCACACGGCAAGACAGACGGCGCCUCCUGUGAAAAUCGUUCUACCUCGCAAACAGAGCCCUUGCACAAGCUGUACGAUGUGGCGGCCAAGCCUGAGAAGGGGCCCAGGGCCGGCUGGGCGGCCAUGGACGAGAUCCCCGUCCUCCGGCCAUCGGCCAAGGAGUUUCAUGACCCACUCGUCUACAUCGAGUCGGUCCGUGCUCAGGUGGAGAAGUACGGCAUGUGCAGGGUCAUCCCCCCUCCGGACUGGCGGCCCGAGUGCAAACUCAAUGACGAGAUGCGGUUUGUCACGCAGAUUCAGCACAUCCACAAGCUGGGCCGGCGUUGGGGCCCCAAUGUGCAGCGGCUGGCCUGCAUCAAAAAGCACCUCAGAUCUCAGGGCAUCACCAUGGAUGAGCUCCCACUCAUAGGAGGCUGUGAGCUCGACCUGGCCUGCUUUUUCCGGCUAAUUAAUGAGAUGGGUGGCAUGCAGCAAGUGACUGACCUCAAAAAAUGGAACAAACUAGCAGACAUGCUGCGCAUCCCCAAAACUGCCCAGGACCGGCUGGCCAAGCUCCAGGAGGCCUACUGCCAGUACCUACUCUCCUAUGACUCCCUGUCCCCAGAGGAGCACCGGCGGCUGGAGAAGGAGGUGCUGAUGGAGAAGGAGAGCUUGGAGAAGCGGAAGGGCCCUCUGGAGGGCCACACAGAGCAUGACUACAACAAAUUCCACCCCCUGCCCCGCUUCGAGCCCAAGAACGGGCUCAUCAAUGGCGUGGCCCACAGGAAUGGCUUCCGCAGCAAGCUCAAAGAGGUGGGCCAGGCCCAGCUCAAGACAGGCCGACGGCGACUCUUUGCUCAGGAAAAGGAAGUGGUGAAAGAGGAGGAGGAGGACGACAAAGGUGUCCUCAGUGACUUCCACAAGUGUAUAUAUAAGGGAAGGUCUGUUUCUUUAACGACUUUUUACCGAACAGCAAGAAAUAUCAUGAACAUGUGCUUCAGUAAGGAGCCUGCACCAGCUGAAAUUGAGCAAGAGUACUGGCGGCUAGUGGAAGAGAAGGACUGCCACGUGGCUGUGCACUGUGGCAAAGUGGACACCAAUACUCACGGCAGCGGCUUCCCAGUGGGGAAAUCCGAACCCUUCUCAAGGCACGGAUGGAACCUCACCGUCCUCCCCAAUAACACGGGGUCCAUCCUGCGUCACCUCGGUGCUGUGCCUGGAGUGACUAUUCCCUGGCUAAAUAUUGGCAUGGUCUUUUCUACCUCAUGCUGGUCUCGAGACCAAAACCACCUUCCCUACAUCGACUACUUACACACUGGUGCUGACUGCAUUUGGUAUUGCAUUCCUGCUGAGGAGGAGAAUAAGCUGGAGGAUGUGGUCCACACCCUGCUGCAGGCCAACGGGACCCCAGGGCUGCAGAUGCUGGAAAGCAACGUGAUGAUCUCCCCGGAGGUGCUGUGCAAGGAGGGGAUCAAGGUGCACAGGACUGUGCAGCAGAGCGGCCAGUUCGUUGUCUGCUUCCCGGGCUCCUUCGUGUCCAAAGUGUGCUGCGGCUACAGCGUCUCUGAGACCGUGCACUUUGCCACCACCCAGUGGACGAGCAUGGGAUUCGAGACGGCCAAGGAAAUGAAGCGUCGCCACAUAGCCAAGCCAUUCUCCAUGGAGAAGUUACUCUACCAGAUUGCACAAGCAGAAGCAAAAAAGGAAAAUGGUCCCACCCUCAGUACCAUCUCAGCCCUUCUGGAUGAGCUCAGGGAUACAGAGCUGCAGCAGCGGAGGCAGCUGUUUGAGGCUGGCCUCCACUCCUCCGCGCGCUACGGCAGCCAUGACAGCACCAGCACUGUGGCAGAUGGCAAGAAAAAGCCUCGAAAGUGGUUGCAGUUGGAGACCUCAGAGAGGAGGUGUCAGAUCUGCCAACACUUGUGCUACUUGUCCAUGGUCGUACAGGAGAAUGAAAAUGUUGUGUUCUGCCUGGAGUGCGCUCUGCGCCACGUGGAGAAGCAGAAGUCCUGCCGAGGACUGAAGUUGAUGUACCGCUACGAUGAGGAACAAAUUAUCAGCCUGGUCAAUCAGAUCUGUGGCAAGGUAUCUGGUAAGAAUGGCAGCAUUGAGAACUGUCUCAGUAAACCUGCACCAAAAAGAGGGCCCCGCAAGAGAGCGACCGUGGACGUGCCGCCAUCCCGGCUUGCCUCCUCCAGUUCAUCCAAAAGUGCUUCGAGCUCGUCGUGAAGAUGCCAACACCCAUGGUCGAUCGAUAUAUAUUUUUUUGUAAUUAUAUUCUAGUUUGGAGUACUUGCCGUAGGAUACAAGCUGUCUUUGCACUAGCUCUAAAGAAGAUUUUCUUCUGGUUUUAGAGGACUAAUUUUGUUUUAGCAUUAAACUGUUGAAUUUUUUUGUUUUUGUUUUUUGUUUUUUUUUAUUUUAUUUUUUUUAGAAUACCUAGAUACUGCAGUCAGAUUUUGGAAACUGCCGUAAUAUCCACUGUUUUAAAACCCUUGAAGGGGCUGUAUUAAUUUGUAUUGCCCCUUUGGCUAACAAAAGCCUUUAUUUUAUUUUAUUUUAUUUUAUUUUGGUAACUGUUGGGGAAAAAAGGCUUUUUAACCCAUUUUUGAAGAGGGUGAAGUUUGGAGAACAAAUUUUAAAACCAUCAGUCAUGUGAGCAGAUUUUUCUAGAGAGGAAAAGGGAUAGGCGACACACACACAUACAAAACUUGAAAAGGAAUGGCUUUACUUUGGCUGUCUUUUCUUCUGCCAUGUGCAAGAUAAGUUUGUAAUUUUAAAACCGGAGAACCCCCAUUUUGUUUGCUUGGGCGGUUAUGGCAGCUAGAGGCGGACGUUGUUUUCUGACCAUAGGCAAAAUGAGAUUUGAGUGACGAGGUUCUCUUUACCAGCACAUCACUAUGCAUCUGUCUGUAAGGAAAAAAGAAAAAGCAAGAGGGGAGAAAAAGACUGCCUGCCUUUGGAGGGGUCACGUGAGGGAAACCUGUGCCUGAUUUCAUUAGGAAAUCCAUUCUGUUAUUUUUUUGGUGCUGUUGGCUACUUUAUCAAAAAACCCUUCAAUAGCAUCCUUAAGAAAAAAGAAAAAGGAAAAAAAAAUAACUGAAGCCAUUAAGUGCUUCUUUGUCAUAGAUGUGCAAUCUUUCUAACAUUCCAUCUCCAUCUCACUGCUUGUUUUUCACCUUCACAAGUCAGCAUUAAUCUUUUUUUUUCCCCAGUUUGUUUUAUGAUCACAUUUAGAGCCACUAGGUCUGCAGUUCUUUUUGAAUGUGAAAAUGCAUCUGCGCUCAUCUUGUCUAUUUUUUCUCUUCAUGUUGUAACAAAAAGGAAAAAAAAUGAAAAAAAAAGAAAAAAAAUCCCAUCCCUUUUGUACAUAUGCCUGUAAAUUGUUUUAAAUACUUGAGCCUUUUUCUUGGUGGGGGGAGGGGAGGGAGGUGAGAAGACAAGAUGAAGAAAAGCCUUACAUUUUAGUUUCUUCAUCGGUUGGAUUGGAUGCUUACAGGGUUUUUCUUGUAACAUUUAUAAGUGCUGCUUACAUCACUGAACAACAACAACAAAAAAUAAUAAUGGAGUAGCUGUUGCCCUUCUCCGGUUGUGUGUACAGUAUGUGUGGAAUAAAAAAGGGAAACUGUUUUCACAA